AUGGACAUAUGGGCUAAAAUGGGACUCCAGCUGCCGCCAUUCCUGCAGCAGCAGCAGCAGCAACAUUCUCAGCCGGGCCAAUCGUUCCCUCGCUCCCCGGCCGACAACGCCUCGGCCCCCCUGAACACGUCGGCCGCCGGCCCCUUUUCGCCCGGCAUCAUGGACACGCUCCUCGUCAGCGCCGGCCAGGCCUCGCCGCUGAUGCAGCUCGUCAUCUUCAUCUACCGCCAGCUCGGCACCCAGCUGGGCCUCGACCCCUCGCUCGUCCUCACCGUCCUCGGCGUCCUCUGGGGCCUGUUCAAGCUCGGCUCCCAGGCCUACGAGUUCGUCGAGGGCCUCUUCGACCGCUACUUCCUGUGCGCCAUGUACGUGUCCGAGUACGACCACAUCUACGUGCAGCUCAUGAAGUGGCUGUCGCACCAGAACAGCAUCCGCAGCAGCCGCUUCCUCAUGGCCCAGACAGUCUGGAAGAGCGCGUGGGAGGAGGAGGAUGAUCUGGAGCAUGCGCUGUCGUGGACCGACGGCGACGCCGGUGAUGGCGAGCCCAAGUACCUCAACUUUUCCAACCAGGCGGCGAGAUCUAGCCCGAGAUAUGUCCCCGCCAUGGGUGUCACCAGCUUCUGGCACAAGGGGACCUACUUCCGUGUCUACCGCAAGAAGGAGUCGCUCGUCAACACGAGUGGCUGGGGGGGCACCAAAGACCUCGAGGAGAUCAAGAUAUCUUGCUCUGGUCGCUCAAUGGAGCCCAUCAAGCGCCUUCUCGCCGAGGCCAAAGCCUUUUACUACCAAGACACGUACCGCAAGACGACCAUCUACCGCCCCAAGCCCAAGGAGCAGCGUCACGACAGCAGCAUGUGGCAGCAGGUGGCCCGGCGUCCGGUCCGCCCCAUGAGCACCGUCGUGCUCGACUCGCACGAGAAGCACAGCGUCCUGGCCGACGUCAACGACUACCUGCAUCCGAGGACCCCGAGGUGGUACGCGUCGCGCGGCAUCCCCUUGCGGCGUGGCUAUCUGUUCCACGGGCCGCCGGGCACGGGCAAGACGAGCUUCUCGUUUGCGCUGGCUGGCGUCUUCGGCAUCGACAUUUACGUCAUCAGCCUGCAGGACCUCAACGUAACCGAGGAGGACCUGGCCACGUUGUUUACGAGGCUCCCGCGCCGAUGCAUCGUCCUUCUCGAGGACAUUGACACGGCGGGGCUUCGCCGAGACACGGACGACACGGAAACGGAAGACGCCGACGACGACGAUAAUGAGGCUCCCUUGACGAAUGGGGGGCGCAAAGGCAACGGACAGGCGAAGCAAGGCAAAGACAAGAAGAAAAAGAAGAAGACGACCAAGAAGAGUAAGAAGGAAGAAGAAAAGAAGGAAGAUGGUGGAGAGUCCAACUCGAACGACGACGAUGACACCGAUGACAGCACUAGCAGCGACAGUGACAGCGACUCAGAUUCCAAGAGUAAAAAGAAGUCGUCAGCGCUCUCUUCAAGCCGCAAGAGUCGGAGCCAGAAGGCGAGGAAAUCGCGGAGGAGAAAGGCCGGUGGUGGCUCAAGCAGCUCCCACAAAGCCAACGGCAAGGCUAAGGUGGGGCUGGACAGCAUCUCGCUUUCAGGGCUGCUCAACGCCAUCGACGGCGUUGCCUCGCACGAAGGCCGCAUUCUCAUCAUGACGACCAACAAGCCCGAAUCGCUCGACGAGGCACUCAUCCGGCCCGGGCGCGUCGACGUGCAGGUGGCAUUUAUGAAUGCUUCGAGCACGCAAGCUGCCGAGCUGUUUCGAAGAAUGUACGAGGCCUCGCGGCCAAGGCGCAAGGAGAUUGCUGGAUUGCUGCCGCAGCCGCCCCCUCCGGUGCUGCCCCCGUCACCAUCAUCGCCGGGGCACCAGGACAAGACGUCCGAAACCAAGGCUGCGGUACCGGGCGACGAGCUGGACGUUUCAGGAGAAGAGGAACUGGUGGCCAUUGCCGACGAGUUUGGGCGGCGGAUCCCGGGAGACAUGUUCUCGCCGGCGGAGAUUCAGGGCUUCUUGCUCAAGAGGAAGCAUCGUCCGCGCAAGGCGCUCGAGGACGUCGAGGGGUGGAUUGCAGCGUCGAUGAAGCAGAAGGAGGCCAACUCCAAGGUGUCCACGGUGCAGUGA